AUGACUAACAAGGACGAAUAUCUGAUUAAGCAGCUCGAUGAUAUCUUAACAUGUCUCGGAAAACAAAUUGGAGGGACAUUAGAGAUGGAUAAGUUCACAAAGAUGACAAAUGAAGUUGAUCCUUAUGACAAAGAUGGGUUCAAGUAUGACUCCCAAAUGAGAAUAAAUAUUAUUGGUUUUUUUGCGCAAGGGAAAUCAACCUUAACGAGGAGACUUUUAGGUCAAUCUUUAGAUAACAUCACAUGUACAGACGGCAUAGAAGUAUAUGUGCAAAAAUUAAAAAUGCAAGGAAGUGCAUGGACAACAUGCGACACAAUGGACAUAUAUGAAGAAUGCUCACGGCGAAUGGUAGACAUAACGAACAGGGAACAUGUUUUCCCAUUAGAAUCAAUUGGGGACGAUUCCGUAGAUGAAACUAUCAAUGAGCCAGAGGAUGGUGAGAAACAAACAUUUACACAUGGUACAAACAAAACACAAACAAGCGCACACACGUAUUCAAAUACCGGGCCCGUGCACAAAUUGGUUGACAAAAAGUUUUCACAAAUUGCUAAAGAUCAAGAGAAAGAAUUACAAAGACGUUUUUUAAAUCAUUUAAGAGAUGACAAAGAUUGCAAUGAUCAAGACGUACUUUUAGCAAAUAUUUGGGAUUUUGGAGGUCAGUUCAUCUACUACGCUACUCAUCAAAUCUUCCAUUCGAAAGACGCAAUUUAUCUGCUGGUGUUUGAUCUGACAAAGGAUCUUGACGCAAUCAUUAUUGACUGCGACUUUCCAGAUAGACAAGAGAAGAUGAGAAACAGUUUAUUGUUCUGGGUGAACUCAAUACAGGCCUACGUUGGUUGUGAUACCUCGAGAGAAAACGUGAAGCCAACGAUAAUAUUGGUAGGAACACACAAAGAUAAACUUCAAGGCGACGUCAGCUUAAAAUUUCAGGAAGUUUUCGACCUUUUUGCCGGAACAAAAUUUAGCAUUCACAUACAUGAGAAACCAUUUGCAGUGGCGAGUCUAGAUAAAGAUGACAAAGGAAUACAAAAUUUAAAGAGGACAAUUUAUGAGUUGGGCCUAAAAAAUGCUAGGCAUGCCAAGAUACCGGCAAACUGGAUUCCUCUCGAACUUGCAAUGCUAAGAGUUAGAGAUGAAAAAAUGAAGCAAAUUUUAGAAAUGAAAGAUAUCAUAGCUUUAGAUACUCUUAAUACUCAUCCAAUUUUAGACAAAAAUGAAAUCAAGAAAUUCCUCAACUACCAUCAUGCAAAAGGUACAUUUGUUUUCUUUGACGAGGAGGGCCUGGACAAGUAUAUUGUCCUCAACCCACAAUUCAUCAUAGAUGCAUUUAGAUGCAUUAUUUCUGCCAAAUGGUUUUGCCGGUGGAGUCAAACUGUUCAGAUAAAUGCAACGAAGCUGAAGCGAGAGGCUAUUCUUGAAAGAGAUUUGUUAGAUACUGUUUGGAGUGAGAACAGGUUUACUGCUUUUAAAGAUAUUUUGCUUCUGUUUUUAGAGAAACAUCGGAUACUUGCCGAAUUAAGGCGAAUGGAUGAAAACACUGGCAAUAUCCAACUUCUUGGCAAAUACAUGAUACCAAGUCUGCUCAACCCUGAGCUUGAUCUGCAUGAAACAAAUGACUUCUUACAGAAUAAAGAAUACACAAGCAUUGUUCUAGGACUAGAACUAGAAGGAUUGAUAUCUACCACAGUCUUUGAAAAAUGUACGGCAGCUUUGCUUGGCAAAUGCCCCCCUAUUGAAUACAACGAUCAAGUCCUUGUUUCUCAACAUGAAGGACUUUAUCGUCUUGAUCUACAACACGCCAGGUUAAUACAAAAGUCGGGUGAAAACAUAGAGCUAAUGGUUAUAAACCUUUGUCCCCCCGAGCACCCAAAAAGUACAACGUGUGAUCGUUUUCGACGAUAUGUAGAGAUGGUUCUGACAUUUGAGAAAUGUAAAAGUCAUUUACGCCAGGAAGAUGUAAAGCCUUAUCGACAUUAUAUCAAAUGUAAUGAUUCUCAGCAUGCAGGCCGUGGAAGUCACAAUAUUCACUAUCUUAAUAAGAUAAGAAAUCAACCAAAAGUAUGUUGUCCAGAUAAUAGAAGUCAUCCAAUAUAUGUACAGGAGGCUAUUGCCGAAUGGUUCCUAGAAGAAGGCAUUACGGAUUUUGAAACCAGUAUUAUACGAAAAACGUCGAAAAAAGACAAAUUGGUUUCGAGAGUAGCACGAGAGUUCGGAAUUAAUUGGAAAAUGUUUGGAAUCGCUAUAGGUCUAUCAUUUGAAGAUUUAAAGUUAAUCAGUGACAAAUGUGAUCAAGUAAAAGAGACAAAUAUUCUGAUAAUUUCGAUGUUCGAUGUAUGGAGAAAGAAAUAUCCGGAUGAUUCCGACUACAUGCAUGGGAGAGAAAACCAAAUAGAAGAGAACACCGAUGUUAUUGUAGACUGGGACAAAGUGCGAAAUUGCUUUGACUCUAAUUAGGGUUGUUUGCCAGAUAAACAGCGGCUCAUCACGUGCGAGGCUGAUAAGUCCUUAGGAAGCAUUCUGCCUAUCAUUGAUAUUAAGUAACUUUACAAUUCAAAGAAAUGACCAUUUUCAUUUGUUUAUGUCUUUUUCCUUAAACGCGUUUGAUUGUAUUAUUUUUUUUGCAAGCAAAAAUCAGUAAAAUAUUUUAAUGCCCAGUAUGAGUGUCUCACGGUUAAGAUUAUUUUUAAUAAAAGGUUUAUGGAAAGGGGCACUUAUAAGGUGAAAAAUAUAAAACAAAACAAUUAUUAUAUACGCAUUAUAUUAUGUCGUUAUUUUACAUUGUUGGUUACAAUACUGAAUUCUAAUUAGCACCUCGUCCAGUAAUAAGUUUGACGGCUGUGUACAGGUCAAAUAGAAUCAGUAUUGUGUUUAUUAACAAUCUGUAAUGAUAUUUCAUUACCGUGCUACAAUUUGUAGCACAGAACGUUGUCACUUUUAGUUCAAUGAGCUUUGAUAUGGAUUGUUUGAACUCGGAUAAUUAAAACGAGACUAGACGGAGUACAAUAGUGAUUUGAUAUGAGUGUUUAAACUUGGAAAAUGAUAACGAGUCUAGACGGAGUACAAUAGUGAUUUGAUAUGAGUGUUAAAUGUAAAUGUAUGAAUUUUGUAAAUAUGUAACGGUGAUGUACUUUAGGAAAACUUUAAUGAAAUAUGUUCUGUUCUGUUCCUAACGAAAUUAAAAACAAACAUUGACAGAGAGUGAUUUUUUUCAAUAUCAAUUUAGCUUUCUUCACCUCUAAGAUGGAGUUAUAUAGUUUAUUUGCAUUAUGGAAAACAAUUUAAAUGUUCACGUAUUUGUCUGAUGUAAGUUUAUUAAACAUAUACAUAUAUUACGAUAUACUCUGUUUUGUUUAUAUCAUACUACAGAAUAACCAUUAAAUUUUCAUUAUUUUCUUUUUUAUGUAAGGCAUACCUCAGUGUUAGAUUUGGAACGUUCGAAUUAUACAAAAAAUAUUGCAUUAUUUAUAGAGAUAUAAAGAUUAAAAGAUAUUUAUAUCACAAAUUGGCAUUCUAGUGUACAUAUUUGUUCUUCUUUGUAUUUGUAUAAACAUAUCAAAACCGUUUUUAGCAGGUCUAAAUACCUGGAUAUUGUUGACUCUAUGAAAUUAAGAAAUAUAUUAGCUAAACUUAGAUUAUCAUCUCACAAUUUAUUAAUAGAAACAGGUAGACACAAUAAUAUUGAUAGAAAUGACCGGAAAUGUACUAUUUGCAACAAUAAUGACAUCGAAGAUGAAUAUCACUUUGUAUUGAUUUGUACUUUUUAUGAUUCUCUUAAGAAACAGUAUAUAUCCAACUAUUUUACAAGAAUCUCUAGCAUGUUUAAAUUUUUAGAAUUGCUGAAUUCAGAAAGGAAGUCAGUGUUAACAAAAUUAGCUAUAUAUUGUAAUAAAGCUUUUAAAUUGAGAUUUGAUUCAUUGAAUGCCGGAUAAUGCUAUAUAAGACCACCUUGUUGUAUUGUUUAAAGUUAUAUAAGGAUUGUAAAUAUUACAUGUGUUGUAUUAAUUACACUCUCACUAGUUUAUUUCAUUUAUUGAUAUGCGUUUACCAUUUUUCAUAUUCAUGCAUGUAUAUAUUUGUUGUAUAUGAAGAUGAGCUGUGUAUGCUUAAUUCAAAAUAAAAUAUAUGUUCUGUUCUGUUCUAUAGAAGUAUCGCUUUGUUUUGUAUGCGUAUUUACAUAGUUUACAGUUUGCCACUAUUGUGAUAAUUAUUGUAUUAAUAAACAGUGAUACAUAUAUUGUAAUAAACAUAGACAAUGGUCUAUCUGAUUAAUAUAACCAAAUUAUAUAAUGUUAAAGCUAUAGGAACAAGUAUCUGAAUUUAGCGUUUAGUUCUUUACACGAUAUUGUAUUUACCUUGUAAAUUUAUGUAACUUUAAAUCUUUAUGUCUCCAGAUUACGGAAACGUAUAGCGACCAUCCCUAUAUGAUAUAUAUCAAAUGACAUUUUUUUUUAAGUUUUAUAGUAUGUUUGUUAUAUGUAAAUAUGAUUUGAGGAAAGAAAUACAUAUUUAAAAAGAUGUAAGUGUAUUAUUUUUUCAUUUUGUCAGAAAGUUAAAAGUAGUUUAUCUUGCAUUAUAAGAUAAAAAACGUACGAUAGAUUACGAAAAAAUACGUAUUAUAUAUGAUUUACAACAUAACUUGAUUUAAUUGCUUCCUUUAUAUAUUGCGUGGGAUUUUUCUGUCCUCAUUAUCAAAUAUAAACUGUAAAAUAUGUUAUAUUAUAAUAAAAAAAACUCAAAUAUAUAUAACUAAUACAUAUAAAUGAACAGAAAAAAACUCACAUAAAUUUUAAUCGAGCAAUAUUAACAGCAGAUUGAGUAAAAAUAUAUAUUCAAUAUCAAAUAACAAUUAAAAUAUUGGUAAAAUAUAUAUCAUGUGUUAAAUAAAUUGUCUAAAAUUCUGUUUUACUAACAUUCAGAGGCGGAAGAUAUUACUAGAUCAAGUAAGUUUAUAAAAA